UUCAGAUGGCUCCCAUUUCGGUUGCCGCUCAGUGGGGAGGUACGCUGGCUUUCUUGGUAGGACGGAGCUUUUACUUAACCGCGCGUGAGACGGCGACUGUGGCACAUAUAAUUCAAACUCUGUGCCUACCGUGGAUUUCCGACACACAUUCACCUGAGUAUGCCCCUCGGUUGGUUCGAAAAGUGCAGAAACGUGAAGAUCGGUGGUCAUGUGAUCCGAACUGACCAAUGGGGCUUUCGCAUUUGAACGUCCUCAUAUAAAAGGCGACCUUGCACUGCGUAGCCAUUGCUGUUGGCAGAUUCCGAUAUUCGGGGGGCUUAUCCGGUUGGAAAAUGGAUAUUGCGAGCCAUCCGACAGAGAAAGGCUACCUGCAGUCUGCGCGCAGCGUCAGCAAAGGCCCGUGCAGUGAAUGAUCGGCAGCCGUGUAGAGCCCGGGGAAGCCGUCUGGAGCGUCUUCCCUCUCGUCCCACCCGCACAGCACUUGGAGAGAUAUGCAUGGAGUUGGCAAGAGUUCCUGCAAUGACUGGUCAAAAUUACUUGCCAUUUGACCAUAGUAGCUGACGGCAGCUUUCUCAAAAUCCACCGUGCAACGAUGGUUGUGCUGCACGUCUCCUCCAGAUUGCUCCCUCCCCGUAAGGAAGGUGCGCUCAUCCCAAGAGGCACUUAGAAAGAGCGCGCAUGGGAGGUACCCAGGACAGCAGUAGCCAUAACGAAAUGAGUGGGACCGAGCCAAACUGCAACAGUAGCAGCAGCAGCGGUGCUGCAGCCCGGGAGGAGCCCAUUGUGGAGCCUGUGAACGGAGUGGUGCAGCCACCGUAUGUGCCGCCGCCCUCGCGGCGCCAGCGCACCACCAACCAGCUGCAGCACCUGCUCAAAGUGGUGAUGAAGGCUCUGUGGAAGCACCAGUUUGCCUGGCCCUUCCAGCAGCCCGUGGACACUGUGAAGCUGAACCUGCCAGACUACCACCGCAUCAUCCGCCACCCGAUGGACCUUGGCACCAUCAAGAAGCGCCUGGAGCACUGCUACUACUCCUCGGCGCAGGAGUGCAUCGAGGAUUUCAAGACGAUGUUCACCAACUGCUACGUGUACAACAAGCCCGGCGAGGAUGUGGUGCUCAUGGCCCAGGCCCUGGAGAAGCUGUUCCUCACUAAGAUCACCGAGAUGCCCAAGGAGGAGACUGACCUGCCCUUGCCCCCACCCCGGGCGGGCCAGGGCAAGGGCAAGAAGGGCAAGGCUGGUAGCAGCAGUGGUGGUGCCAAGGUCGCCGCCUCCACAUCCAGGGCUGCUGCUGCUGCCGCCAAGGGGCCCAGCCCAGCAGUGCAGAAUGCGGCAAGUCCUGCGACCAACUCCCACUCGCCUGCCGAGAGUGUGCCCGGCAGCACUAACACACCCACCGCACUGAGUGCAACCUCCCCGACCCUGCGGUCGAGCACCUAUGCACAGCAGGCGGCAGCUGCGCUGGCGUCUGCGGCUGUGCCUUCUUCUGUGCUGGGGGGUGGUGGCGGCGUGAGCCCCGCUGCUGCUGCCCCCCCUGAGCUCCCUGCCUCCUCGGCCAUGAGCAGCGCCCCAGCGCCCCCUCCUCCGCUCGUGCAGAUGCCGGCCUCCAAGGUGAGCCCACCCAUUGCUCGGGACGACGGCCGCUGGCCCCAGAGGCGACAGGUGAAGAAAGGUGUGAAAAGAAAAGCGGACACGACAACUCCCCUGCCUCUGGAGCCCGGUGGCUAUGCGCCCCCAGAGGCCAAAAGCUCCAAGGUGUCAACGCGGCGGGAGAGUGGGCGGCCUAUCAAGAAGCCCAGCAAGGACCUGCCCGACACCCAGCAGCAUAGCUCCAAGCCUAAGAAGGGCAAGCUCACUGAACAGAUGAAGUACUGCAACAGCAUCCUCAAGGAGUUGUUCGCCAAGAAGCAUGCUGUCUGCACGGGGGCAUUGUUCUUGAAGGGGCCGAGCCUGAAUGCGAGACGUCCACGCCGGGCGCAGCAGCCCAGGCCCGGCUAUGCAUGGCCCUUUUACAAGCCUGUGGAUGCUGAGCUGCUCGGACUGCACGACUAUCACGAGAUCAUCAAGCACCCUAUGGAUCUGGGCACUGUCAAGCAAAAGAUGGACAACCGGGAGUACAAAAGCCCUGAGGAAUUCGCUGGGGACGUGCGGUUAAUAUUCACCAACUGCUACAAGUACAACCCGCCUGACCACGAGGUGGUUGCCAUGGCACGCAAGCUCCAGGAUGUGUUCGAGAUGAGGUAUGCCAAGAUGCCCGACGAGCCACCGCCAAGUGAGCCCCAGCCUGUGUCGCAGGCAGACCGGGUGGACUCUGAGAGCAGCUCCAGCUCACGGUCAUCCUCAAGUGCCAGCUCAUCUUCCAGCGACUCUGAGGACAGUGACGAAGAACGUGAACGGAAGCUGCAACAGCUUCAGGAGCAGUUGCGCAAGGUGACCGAGCAGAUCAGCCUGCUGGCAGCUGAGAGCCGCAAAAAAGACAAGAAGAAGAAGAAGAAGAAGGCCAAGCGUGACAAGGGUGCAGUGGUAGGUGACGUGGUUGAACCCAAGGAGAUCAAGAUGGAAGCCGAGCCUCCGGCAGCUGUGGCACCUCCUGCCUCGGAAGCAGCCCUGGGCACGACGCCCACCACCCCUGUGGCUGUGACCAAGACGCCCAAGGCUUCCAAGGGGGUCAAGGGUGCCAAGGGGGCGGCAGCCACGGCCACUGCAGGUGCAGGGGCCACCGCUGCUGCUGCUGCCCCAACGACGGGCGGCGCCAAAUCUGGCGGGGGCCAGCAGAAGCGGCAGCGGUCGAACAGCAAAUCGUCCAAAAAGAGCAAGAGCCUGCCGGCCUUCGACAGUGAGGACGAGGACAACGCCAAGCCCAUGUCGUAUGACGAGAAGCGUCAGCUCAGCCUUGACAUCAACAAGCUUCCCGGUGACAAGCUUGGCCGAGUGGUGCACAUAAUCCAGUCGCGCGAGCCAUCCCUGCGCGACUCCAACCCAGACGAAAUAGAGAUAGACUUUGAGACGCUGAAGCCGUCAACCCUGCGGGAGUUGGAGUCGUAUGUGGCAUCGUGUCUGCGCAAAAAGCCCCGUAAGCCUUACUCAUCCAAGAGCAAGCUAGCCGCUACGGCAGCUGGCAAGAGCAAGGAGGAGCAGGUGCGCGAGAAGAAGCAGGAGCUGGAGAAGCGGCUGCAGGAUGUGAGUGGCCAGCUUGGCACCACCCCCAAGAAACCCCUCAAGAAAGAUGCGGAGAAUUCGCACGUGGAUGUGGUCGGGGGCCCUAGCAGGUUGAGCGCCAGCAGCUCAAGCUCGUCGGACAGCGACAGUUCGAGCUCGUCGUCAACGAGCAGCUCCUCGGACAGCUCGGACUCGGAGUCAGAGCCCUUGGCGAAGAAAGGGAAGAUUGAUGCCAACCAGGCUCCAACACUGGAGCCACAGAGCCUGCUGGGUCCUUCCCUUCCGGGUACCAUGCCGUCACUGACGCCCGUGGCUCCACGACAGCCUUCUUCUGCCGCCGCCACCAUGUUGCCAGUCAGCAGCAGCAGCAGCAAUGGGGCAGCCUACUCUCUGCACAGCCCAGUCGCUUCGGGCCUGGCAGCACCGCAGUCGUAUGCUCCUGCCAUGGUGCCGUUUCCGGGACUGCUGACCCAGGCCCCGAUGCCAGACCCGGCCCUGACAGCUGCCUACACGGGCCUCACAGCCCCACUGGGCAGCCUGUCUGCUGCCAAUGGCGUACCAGCAGGCCGCCCUCCGGUGGUCGCUAGCCACAGCAGUCUUCCCCAGCAGCCCUCGCGGCCCACUGCCACGGCGACAGCAGCUCCCGUGAAAAAGAACCCACCACACAGGCCGACCACCACUGUGGCCACAACUGCGGUGUCCCCAGUGGCAUCUCCACAGCAGCCAGCCCGGCCCCAGCAGGGGUUGUCCCCACUGGCGUUGCCCCCCCUGGCGGAUGCACCCAAGGCACAGAGUCCCUCGACACGACCUCCCCCACCGUCUGAGGCGGCCCUCAAGCUGGACGACCUAUUUGCGCCCGUCAACAGUGGAGGAGCCCCCCCGUCGACCACAAGUAGUGCAGCAGCAACUGUGCCGGUGGAGUUUGACCGAAAGCCGGACACUAAGGCGGUGGCGGCACAGCAGCACCCGGUGGCCCCACAUUCCACAGCCCCAGCCACACGGAAGGGUGGUGAGUCAAAGCUGAAGAACUAUGGGUCCUGGUCCAGCCUGGCGCAGUCAGCAGCCAAUAGCCCCGGCCAGGCACUUAAGACAGCCCAAGUCAAGGACAGCUUUCAGCAGUUUAAGAAGCAGGCCCGCGAGAAGUUGGACAAGCAGCGGCAGCUGUUUGAGGCCCAGGAACAGCGGCGCCAGCGGGAGCUGGCCGAGAAAGAGCGCCUGAGGCAGGAGCAGGAGAAGCAGCGCUCUCUGCCGACUACGGCCCGCCUGGCUCCUUCCACAAGUGUCACGGCUGAUGGCACCACCGAGGAUGAGGGGCGCCGUGCACCACCGCCACCCCCCAGCCCAACUGAGAAUGCUGUCAGUGAGCGCGAGCGGCAGCGCCUGCGGGAGCAGGAGCGACGGCGCCGUGAGGCGAUGGCUGGCCAGAUUGACAUGAACCGACAAAGUGACAUAAUGGCAACUUUCGAGGAGAUGCUGUGAUUGGCCAGGAAGCACCACCGAGCAUAACUGGUCCACCCCAUGAUGAUGAUGACUGUGCCUCGCGAGUGGUGGUGGUGACUUGUGAUAUAAGACUGCACCCAUGUUUCCUAGCAUCCUGUGCAAGGCCAAGACACACUUGCCAAGUUUCGCCCCGUUCUGGGGGUGCCUCUUUUUGCCAACCACCUUUAGCUCAGUGGCAAACAGCGCCACCCCUUCAUGCAAUGGGACAGUCCUCAUGGUGUAAAUAGGGACGAUCAACGCUGUCUGCCAUGUGUGUGUGCUUGCGUAUGUGUGUGUGUGUGUGUGAGGCCAAGCUGUUAUCAAGUCCCCUUUGUUUCAACCCAGCAUAUUUGUGUGGCAAGCAUCUUGAUGGAGUUUGUCAAAACUGUCUCCAAAAGGUGGCUGUGUGCGCACAGUAGCAAGCCCUUUAGCAAUGGUAGGAUGUGUUGGUGCAUUUGUUUCUGAUGGCUGGGUUGAGAGAUGAUUUGUUCAUUGUGUUGCAGUUGUUUUUCUUCUUUUGCUGCACAGUGUCUAGAAUGUAUAUUCAUGCACUGUGUAGUUUUGAGUGGCUGCAUGGUUAUGUAGCCUCUCUCUUUAGCUCCACCAUUUUUUAUUUCUGCCGCCACAGCAAGAAAAUCAUUACAGCAGUCACUUGUGCAACUUUCUUUUUCACAUUUUAGAUUGGCUACUGAUUGUAACCGUAGUGCUAUCGGCUGUUAAGUGCGCUUGUGAAUGUUUGUCAUUAACAGUUAGUGGCUACAUGAUCAUCUGCACAAAAAUUGUAGUGGCACAUGGCAGGAAGGAUUCAUAAGUUGCACUUGUUGUUUCCACCUAUGGAUGUUUAGUGCAAUCAGCUAUUUUUGCAAGGGCUGCAUAGUGACGUAACUAUGCCCAGAGUUUAAGUUGCACACAGUUGGCCAUGUGUGAACAUUUUUUUUCUUUAUUUGCAUUUGUGCAUUGUUUUCUUAAGUUGUGCUCGUGACUGCACUUCAAGUUUCCCCUGUAUCCCUGUGGCCAUUUCUGUAUCAAAAUUGUGGUCGACAGCAGUGAUUUGUGGUUCAUCUUUGUUUAAAAAUCAUUGGCGAGCUAUCCCAGCUCUGUGUGCUGUUGUAACUGCAGCCCCACUCUACACAAGGGUGGCUCACCAUGCAACCUCUGAUCAAAGCACUACUGGCUUCACUUAAAUGGCUGAAGCCGGAGGGCAUGUUUGACAGGCUGCCAAGAUAAUCCUGCUUUUUUUUUUUUUUUUUUUAAUCUCCACAGAACGUGGAUUCUGCGGACAGUUGUAUUUUGUCCUUGUCGUGUUGGAAUGCUGAUAGAUGUGAUUUCUUGUCACUGCAGCAUUUUGGAUUUUAGUUUCAUCUGCUUCCCACAGUGAAAGAAGGGUUUGAUUUUACGUUUGGGGAAGGUCAAAGUGUGUUUUGGAGCUGGUAUCCAGAGGCAAGUGUGGGUGGAUGUGUGCAUGGAUGUGUGCAUGCUAGGAUAUCAAGCCCAGGCCUGGGUGGUGUGUGUGCGUGUGUGUGUGUGCGUGUGUGUGUGCGUGCAGCAGUUUGAUUUCCUUCAUAGUGUUUUUCCUCACCCAACAUUUCUCUUGUGCAAGAGGCACACAAUUUCCAGGCACUGAGUCUUGUCACACCCGCGGUGGUAUAUACCCCCUCAUUGGAUUUUUACUGCUCAUCAUUUUGACAAGGUCUUAAUCCACAUGCAUUCAUUACCAUGCCUGCAGCGGGAGGAAAUUGGAUGAUAGCCUGUGGCUACAAGUCAAGCUGUCUCUUUUCAGAGCAUAUCAGGCAGUAGCAAACUAAUGUGGCUGCAACAUUUAACUAUGAUGUGCAUGCUUGCAGACUUCGCAGUACCAUUUAUCAAAGAAGACUCAGGGGGGGCUGUCUUGGCAUGUAUGUAGGCUAGGUGUGACAAGCUGGGCUGGAGGGUUGUAAGCGUUGCAUGUUCAGCAGAUUUGUACAUAAGCUACGUGUGCAUGCUUUCUUUUCAGAACCUAUUUAUUUUGCUGUGGUUGUAACAACCGAGAGGAUAUAUGUAUAUAUAUAUAUGUGUGUGUGUGUGUGUGUGUAAUAUAUGUAUACAUACAUACACACAAAUAUAUAUAUUAUAUUAUAUAUAAAUAUAUUUCUAUUUGCUUGGCUUUUUUUUUAAUUCCUCUGUAAAUAGGAGUGUUCACUGCAUUGAGGCAAUGGAGGCAAAUUGCUGUUUCCUGCUCUUCUCUCUCUGGAUGUCUGAAAGAAAUGUGGAAAGUUUUUAAAAUACAAAAGCAGCGGCAA